AUGGCAUCUUCUUCUUUUGUGAGUAAUUCAAACCCCUGUCCUCGAUGGAAGUAUGAUGCCUUUCUAAGUUUUAGAGGUGCAGAUACCCGAAAAACAUUUAAGGGUCACUUGUAUGAAGGCUUGAAAAACAGGGGAAUAUCUACCUUUCAAGAUGGUAAAAGAGUAGAGCAUGGUGAUUCGAUCCCAGAAGCACUCUUGAAAGUUAUUGAAGAGUCUCAAGUUGCCCUCAUUGUUUUAUCAAAAAAUUAUUCUACAUCGAGGUGGUGCUUGAAUGAGCUAGUGAAGAUCAUGGAAUGCAAGGACGAAAAUGGUCAAUUAGUCAUACCUGUUUUCUAUGAUGUUGAUCCAUCACAUGUUCGAAACCAAAAGGAGAGCUUUGCAGAAGCAUUUGCCAAACACGAAUCGAGGUAUAAGGAUGAUGUUGAGGGAAUGAAAAAGGUACAAAGAUGUAGGACUGCCCUAACUGCUGCCGCAAAUUUAAAAGGAUAUGAUAUCCAUGACGAGAUUGAAUCAGAGAAUAUUCUACAGAUUGUCGACCACAUCUCUUCCAAAUUAUGCAAGAGUACUUAUUCUUUAUCUUCUUUGCAAGAUAUUGUGGGAAUAAAUGCUCAUUUAGAGAAACUAAAAUCUAUGCUUCAGAUAGAAAUCAAUGAUGUUCGGAUUAUAGGUAUCUGGGGAAUAGGUGGAGUUGCUGCUUGUUUUCUUGUGGAUGUUAAAGAAAAUGCAAAGAAGUAUCAACUGCAUUCCUUACAAAAUACCCUCCUCUCAGAACUGUUAAGGAAAAAAGAUGAUUACGUCAAUAAUAAGUAUGAUGGGAAGUACAUGAUUCCAAGCAGGCUUUGUUCUAUGAAGGUGCUAAUUGUGCUUGAUGACAUAGAUCAUAGUGAUCAUUUGGAGUAUUUAGCAGACAAUCUUGGUUGGUUUGGUAGUGGCAGCAGAGUUGUUGUUACAACUAGAGAUAGAGAUCUAAUAAAGAAUGAUGAUGCAAUAAAUGAAGUGCCUACACUACCUGAUCAUGAAGCUAUGCAAUUGUUCAAUCGAUAUGCUUUUGGAAAAGUAAUUCCAGAUGAAUGUUUUAUGAAGUUCUCGUUGGAGGUAGUACAUCAUGCUAAAGGCCUUCCUUUAGCCCUCAAGGUGUGGGGAUCUUUGUUACGUAAUAAUAAAGACCUAACUCAGUGGACAAACACCAUAGUGAAAAUAAAAAAAAAUUCUAGUUUAGAAAUUGUUAAAACACUCAAAAUAAGUUAUGAUGGGUUAGAGCCUGAGGAGCAAAAGAUAUUUUUAAAUAUAGCAUGUCUCUUACGAGGAGAAGAAAAAAAACAAGUCAUGCAAGAUGAUGAAGGGGUUUCUUCAGCAACUACGGUAAUUGCUGCAACAACUACUAUUAGUUGCUGUGUUACAGCAGCCAUCGAAGUUGCUGCAGCAACUUCGACUAUUGCUGCAGCAAUUUCGAUACUUACUUAA